AUGCCGACGACAGAACCCAACGCGCCAGCAGCGCCCAGCAUAAAUAGCAUAGUUGCCAACAUCAGCAGCAACGAAGCCAAACUUUUGGCGCUGGAGCGGCGUCUGACCGGAGUGGACCCGGGAAGGCCAACCAGCAGCGGGUCAAUCCUCGUGGGUAGCUUCUCCCAACUUCCCGGAGACCGUGUCUCAACAUCACCUCUACCAGCGACAACGCCUGGCAGCGCCACAACCCCCGCAGCACUGCCUGCUGCUGCUGCUGCUGGCCCGCAGUUCCCGCCAGCCGCGGCCCCCGCGUCGUCGCCCCACUCCCGUCCCCCCCUCUCGGACAUAAGCCCCCUCGGCGCGGUGGCUCCACUAGCGCCUACGCCACCGACGGCUAUCGAGCCGGCGGCAGCCACCGCCGAUUGGAACUCCGCCGUACGGCACACAGCAUCCUGCACUCCCCUCGUUGCCGCUGUUGGGACCCCUCCGCCGCCGCCCCUGCCAGCAGCGGCGGCAGCAGCAGCGGCUCCUUCCCCAACCCCUCUUAGCGUGGUCGCGCUACCGUCACAUCAGCUACAGCCGCAAACUCUUGGAAAACAGAACGUUGCAGCAGUAACCGGCGACGGUGGCGGUGGCGGUGCCGCUGGGGCCCCCGCCACCAGCGGCAAGGCGCGCGCUCGGAAGCGCAAACAGCAGGACCCCAAGCAUGAGGUGGCGUUGGGGGUCAGUGCCGCCGCCGCCGCUGCUGCAGCUGGGGCCCGUGCGGGAGUGACGACACUGGCCACCUCGCCUGGAGGCAAUGGUACGGCAGCAGCGGCGGCCGUACAGGUCCUUGCUGGCGGUUUCGGAGCGUUGGGAGCUUCCGCACCUGUUUCGACGCCGCGAAUAACCCGGGGAUCAGCGCCGUAUCAAACAGCAGGCCCUCAGCAGGACCGAGCCGCCGCCGCCGCGGCCGCUGCCGGCGGAGGCGGAGGGGCACCCGGCAACAACCCCCAAACCACCCCCCCGGGCAUCGCACGUCAUCUCUUCGAGGAUACCGGGACAGCGGCAGUAGCGGCGUCGGGGCCUGGUGCCGGCGGCCGUAGCAGCAGUAGCGGCGCUGCGGGUGGUAACGGGCGAGCAGUGGCGGCGGCCCCAGCGGCACCGCCGCCAGCGGCGCCGCCGUCAGCACAGAAGCGGAACAUAAUGAGCUACUACCCGCCCGUGCUCGGUGGUAGUACGGGCGGCGGCGGCGGCGGUGGCGGCAGUGCACACAUGGCGGCGGCGGCGGUGGACCAAAACUCCCGUGAUAGUUUGCCGCCGUCGCUACAGCAGCUGCAGCGGCAGCAACGGCUGGAG